AAGAGCCUGAGUCAAACCGAAAGUAGGACCCAUUUUACUUAUUUUGUUAGUCAUUGAUGGAUAAAAUUCUUUUUCCUGGUGAUUUAAAAAUUGAGUAGAAACCCAUAGGAAUAAUUAAAUUUUACUCUGGGGAAUAAUUAGAGUUUAGAUGGCCACUGGAUAUGAUGAGCAUUAUGCCAAACAUCUAUAUAAUCGAUAUAUUGAAAGCGAAAUUCAACGAGGGAUAUCGGAGUUUCCAACUGAGAGCAUAAAUGAAAAUUCAGAUGCAUUUUUGGCAUGGCAGCUACAGAAUCAAGAAUUCAAAGGAAGAAGAGGGGGUGAUAGUAUUCCUUUAGAGAGUUUGUGUUCGGAACCUUCAGCAGGUGCAUGGAGGGAAAGAAAUCAGAAAAAGAAGGGAAAAACCGCUGAGGAAGGACAUGGCUCUAUUACAAUAAUUGAUAGUGAUACAGAAUGUGAUGCUCCUCCCUCAGUUGUACAUGGCAAAUCUGAAGAGGAAGACAAAACAGCAGAAGAGACCAACUCAGAAAGUGAAGAUAAUCCUAAGUUGAAAUUCCAGAACAGAAUUAUCAGAGACAUACAGGAUUCCAUUAGAUCUUCCAGAAAUACUGUUACAGAGAGUGGAGCCAUGUUAGCUCAGCCACAGAGUGAAGAUGGAAACACUAGCGCACCUUUUACCCUUACAUUCUACAGUGAUGACGUUGAGGAAGAUUCUGUCCCCGAAGUCUCUCAUUUCGAUGAGGUUAUCCCUUCACCAGAAAUCUACUCAAGGAAAGGAAAGUUUGCCAAAAGAUCAUCCAUAGACCACCAAAGGAAUGAUAAUCAAUGUCAUAAACGGCCAGAGGAUUUUACUAGUGCACGAAGAGUUAGAGGAUCUAGACAAGGGAGAAUACUGACAGAUCCUUCCUCUUCUUCCUGCAGUAAAGAUAUGGAGGGAAAUUCUGUACCACAAGUCGGUCAUGUAAAUGGCCCAUAUACAUCACCUAUCCAUCCAUUGGAUGGUUUUCAUGGUUAUCAAAAUCGUACUAAAGCUUCUAAUCAUCAGCCAAGAGGAAAAGGAUCAAGACAAGAUAGAAGAUAUCCAAACCACAACACAGCGAGACAAAGAAAUGAGAGUGAAUGGUUUACUUCUCCAUACAAUACAAAUAACUCGGCGAGCAGUGAUGAAGAAACACUGGAGAAACAUCCUUCUUAUGGUUUCUAUAAAUCCAAUAAUAAUCCGAAACAGAGGAAAACAAAUUUCAACCCAGCUAAAAAUACAGAUGAUGAAAGUGAUUCAGCAACAGGCGAUGAUGAACGGAUUGCGUGUCAACUUGGUCAGGAUUUAAACAAGUCACAGUGUGAGAUGGACAGGGAGUUUGCUCAGAGAUUACAAAAUGAAGAAAAGAAUAAUUUAUUACGGGCUAAAAGAAUGUCCUCUCCAAGACCACAGUUUCAGAGAAACAUUCCCAAUCUUCAGAUGCAUGAUCCGUUUGCUAAUAGAGUUAUUCGACACAGGACUCCUUUCCAUUUACAUGAGGCACCAGGAGGACUUCAUAUGCUUCAGACAAUACUUGGAAUGGAAGGUCAAAUCAUGCCACCCCAUUUAAUGCAGGGAGAUAUUGAUUUAACUGACUAUGAGGCUUUAUGGAAUUUGGCAGAGAGAAUCGGAGAGGCGAAAGGAAGUGGAUUGAAAAAGCGAGAUCUCAAGUCCUUAAAAACAGCAAAAUUUGAUUCAAAGAGUGUUGAAGACGAUGAGCAUACUGACUGUCGAAUAUGUAUCACAGACUAUGUGGAUGGAGAAAAGGUCACCACUUUGCCCUGUGGCCACAGAUAUCACAAAGAAUGCAUUGAAACUUGGCUGAUGAAAAAAGCUGAAUGUCCUAUUUGUAGGAAAAGUAUCAAGGCUGAUAAAAAGAAAUAACUGCAUGUAUAUAUUUUCUUUACCUGAUGAACAAUAUGUGGGAAUACAUGUAUUGUUUGACAAUAAUUGUACAAAAUAUAAUGAUUAUGUAAACAUCAGCAAUAAUCAUGUCUAUCAAACCUGUAUGCAGACUGGUCUCCUUUUCUCUUGAUUCAAAUGCACUUUAUAUGGCUCAAGAUUUGUGAAAUUAAUUUUUUUUUCUGUGAUUUAAGUACAUGAAUGAUAAAUACUGUUACAAACUGAUUCUGUGUCAGCUGUAUCACAGAAAACUUUGUCAACUGACAAUUUGUCAAAAGAAUUCUUGAAGUGUGUCACAAAAAUGUCAGCUGACAACUUUUUUAAAAUUGCAUUUUGUGUGUAGAAAAUGUGGAUGACAUACACAUUUUUUUUACAAAUUUAUAAAAAUGAAGAUGAAAAGCUAACUGUAAAAUCUUAUUUGCAAGGCAUAAUAUCCAGUGAUUGUACAAAUUAAUCAAAUGUUUAUACUCUCCCACCUUUCCCAUCACUAUAUUUCCAAAAUUAAGCCUCCUAAAUACUUUUAAUACUGUAAACCAGCUUUUAUUCGCUAGCGAGAAGUUUUGGCGAAGUUUGUUUAUAGAGUUUAGUCAUUUCGAAUAUUUAAACAAUAAAAUGCUUUCUUUCGUGAUUCGUUCGGGAUAUGAAGGUAGCGACAUUGCAGAAAAAAUACGUAACCCGCGUUCGCCGGUUAUGUAAAUUUUUUCUGCAGUGAUCGCUACCUUCAUAACCCGUAUGAAUAAACAAAAAAGCAUUUUAUUGUUUAUAUUAACAUCUUUCUUUUAACUAAUUAGUAAAUUGAUUAUGAAAAGUAAGUAAAAUUCACUAAAUUACUGUCAAUGUACGUAAGUACGUCAGCUAAAAGAAACAGUCAAAUCGUCUCCUGUGAGACUGAGUCUGACAUUAUCAUUAUUAUUUCGUGCAGUCCGUGAUUUUUCUUAGGUAGUUGUACAUGUAGGUUUCGACCAAUGGAUAAACUGGGCGUGUCAAUUUCAGCCCUGUCAAUUUCUUCUCAAUUUCAGCCGCUGUAGAUUUCGACCAAUCGAUAAACGGGGCGUGUAGAUAUCAGUCUGGUUGUUUCUAUAGAGCUAUGAAUUAACUUUUAGUUUUCUUAAGAAACAGAGGGAAUAAUACUUGAUAGAUGUAAAUAUACUAUUAUAUCGCUAGAAUCCAGUAUUUUAUUUUUCGGAUCUUGAUCGUGAAAUAAAUCGCCGCCUGCGAACCAGUUUAAUAAAUCUAUUGUAAAUCGCAAAAUGAAGUCGUCGAGAAUAAAAGCUGAUUUACAGUUUUAACUGAUUCAUCUUUUUUACAUGCACCAUAUGUCGUAUUUAAAAAAUAAAUAAUAUGUCGCUUUAUUUCAUAAAUCUAUAGAUACAUCUAUCCCCCAUCAAACUUUCAGAGGAUUAAUGCCAUUUUUCUUGUUUAUUUCUUCAAUGAUUAUGAGGGUUGGGUGGUCUUUGCCAUAUUCAGACUGUGCAAAGAUACCUAAAAAAUUUCAAAUUUUUAGAGCCAAAAUGUAUGGAUUUUUUGUUACUAAAUAAAAAUUUAUAGCUAAAAAGAUCAUAUUUGAAAGUAUAAGGUAAAACUAAUGAGUAAUUUUUGACCACCCAGCCGCUUGAUGCCGUCAAUAGUUUUUUUUCUGGUUCGCAGAUAUUAUUGCACAUACUUAUUAUGAUUUAUAAGUGUCUAGAUAUAAUUUAUCUGUACUAUAUAUUUCAUUUUUUUAUUCAUAUUUAUUCGUUGUAUUUCAAAAGAAUUUUAAGGUAUAUAAAUUUUUUACAGUUAAUUUUUUGUUCUGUUUUCCCCCUUUCAUCACCCAUUCAUACAUGUAUACACACCAAAUUCAAUAAAGUAAUGUGCUGGUAAUUACAAAGGUAAAUGGAAGGUAUAAAAAGAAUCAGUGGAUCGAUCACUGCUUUCGAUAUUAGAGAAAAUAUAAAGUAUUACACCACUAGUUUUGUUGAAAAAAAAUAUGUUGCCAAAGCGUCCAUUGGUUAUGAAAAUUGACAAUUUUGAAUUUUGUAUUGCUACACGUCUUUCGAUGUUAUAUUUCAAUGAUAUAAAAGUCCACACAAAUUUGGAAUUCAACUCUGUAAGAAGCAUGAAAAAAAACAUACUGUUUGCAGCAUAAUAUAACAGAAGUUAUUGAUUUUGUUGUUCCCAUUUAAUGGUGACUCACCUAAAAUAACAUUGUAAUAUAGGUACUUUUUAUAUUCUUAUGGAUGUAACUCAAAAUGAUUAAAAUUAUUUGUACAUAUA